GACGAAUUCACUUAGCAGCAUUUUAGAUCCACAUUUUCUCUGAAUUGCUGAGAUCUCGAGUGUAAUCAUGCUCACUGCGAAAGACAAGUCCAAUGUGGCCGCUUUGUGGUCCAAAAUUGAGUCCAAGGCCGGCGACCUGGGCGGUGAAGCACUGGGCAGGAUGCUGGUCGCCUACCCCCCAACCAAGACCUACUUCACUCACUGGGGAGCGAGUGAGUUGGUCCCUGGCUCCGCCAAAGUGAAGCAGCACGGUGCCACCAUCAUGGGAGCCGUGGGCAAAUGUGUCAAAGGCAUCAAUGAUCUCUCCGGGACCCUCAGCGCCCUCAGUGACCUGCAUGCCUUCCAGCUCCGGGUGGAUCCUGCCAACUUUAAGAUCCUGGCCCACAACAUCAUCCUGGCUGUGGCCAUGUACUUCCCUGGAGACUUCACUCCAGAGAUGCAUGUCUCCCUUGAUAAGUUCCUGAGUGCUCUGGCCAUUGCUCUGUCUGAGAAGUACAGAUAAACUCCAGAGACACAGAAGCUUCGACUGCUUUUAAAGCAUGUCCAACCAGGUCAUCAAGACGUCCUAAAUGAAGCUUGAUCAAUAAAAACGUCAAAAAUGUUAA